AUGCGGAAAGCCAUGCCAAAGCCAUCCCUCAAAAGUCCACAUGGCGAGGAAGAGGACUCCGACUCACAAUCUUCACAAAAACCCCUCAGUCUACUGCAACUCGAUGAUGUCUACGACAGACUCGUAGGGACACACGGACUCUGGCAAGUCAUGAUUGUCAUUCUUUUCUGUCUAUCGACGUCUUCUGCCAUGACCUUUCCUGUGUACGCAAACGCCGUACCUCGUUUUCGGUGCAAAAUGGAGCCAGCGGUGGAGAAGGCCCUCGCCGAGCAUGCUGUAAGCUUUCACGAAGCGGCAACACUAAUAGGACCUUGGCCCAAGGAUCCUAAUGACGAAGGCCUACAUCAGGGUCGGUAUGGAUGUCGGCGUUACCAAGUGACCAACCGAACGAUUGAUUGGCAGAAACUCCUCAAGAACAGGACGGCCCUAUUUUCAGGGAACAGCAGCACUGAACCCUGUCCGUAUGGACAUGUGUUUUACCCAUGGGAGCACCAGUACCCAAGCGGCAUUGCGGCAGACUGGAACCUCGUGUGUGAGGAAGCUUGGAAAGUGCCCUUCAGUACAUCAGUAUACAUGGUUGGGAUGAUGAUAGGCUUCAUGUUGGGCGGUGUAUUUGGAGAUCAUCUGGGACGGAAGAAGACCAUCUUUAUGGCCACCUUUUUAGAAUGUGGUUUCGGUCUAGCGGUUUCCUUUUCACCCAAUUACGCCGCUUAUACAGUCCUGCGAGCUCUUUUAUCGUUAAGUUGCACAAUUAAAGUGACCUCAAUUAGCGUAUUUCUAGUCGAGAUGACGAACGCCCGAUACAGGUCCAUUUUUGGCGCUCCUUGGGCUAUCUAUGUUAACUUUGUAAGUCGUGCUGUCCAUGCUUUGGCGGCCAUGUACAUAAAUAACUGGAGAUACCUGCAUCUGAUUGUAGUCGCACCGCCAUGUAUCGGAGUCUUUGCUCUUUACUUUCUGCCCGAAUCACCCCGGUGGCUCGUCUCACAAAAUCGGUUGGAUGAGGCUGUUUCCACACUCUACAGGGCCUACAGAAUCAACAAUUUAUUAGGCCGCAAUCGACGACCAAUCAUGACCAGAAGUGAGUUUAUUGAGGAACUAAACCACGAUCCAACACCGGUUUACCAUGAGUCCACGGUAAAGGGUAUCACUCAACGCUGCAAGCUAUGUAUUCAAAAUUGUGAUACGACAGUAUGUGCCAAAACUUGGGAGGCUGUCAAAGGACCCUAUCAGACGGGUGAUCUUGCCAAACGCAGCAUCGUUUCUACCUGCAUAUUUGCUGGACAGUUGUGUUGCUUUUUCGGCCUUCUCUACUAUACCCGCAUCAUUCGGGGUUCAAUUUAUUUAAUAUCGUUUAUAAAUGCCUGCACAUCACUGCCUGCUACAUUCCUGUCUACGAUCCUCUACAGUUGUGUUCGUAGCCGCCGUAUGCCACUGCUAGCCCUGUACUCGAUGGCAGGAAUCGUACUACUCAUUGGCGGCCUCUACACAGUCAUUCUGCAACCCUCGUCAGAGAUGGCGCUCAUUGUCUGCUGCAAUCUGGCCCUUGCUUUGCUAGGUGCCACGUUCAACAUGAUUUUUAUCUAUAUACCGGAACUGUAUCCUGCAACUCUUCGGACUGAGGGGCUGGGCAACGCCUCUGGUCUGGGUCGAGUGGGCAGUAUCGUAAGCAGUUUCAUUAACGAACUCGAUCAGACAUUUAAGCAUGGCUUUCCGGUCGUCGUCUACGCCGCGGUUACCUUUGCUGUUGUGAUGUUACUGUGCUGUACGCCGGACACCACAGGAGACAACAUAAAGGACAAACUGGAAGACGAAAAGUCAGAGAAGGAAGUCGAGGCCGAAGACCUUUAA